UUUUACUGUAAUAACAGUAUUAAAUGCUGUAUUAUUGCAGCUUCUGCACUAGUUUUGUAUUGUAUAGUUUUGUGGGUGUGUCAGUCGUAUAGAACAUAAAAGUGUAAAAUGUCUGUAAAUUGAACAGUUGCUGUGUUUGUUUAUGUCCGUGUUCAUAUAAAACGAGUUCAUCCAGUUUUAUACUGAGUUGCCAUGUGAACAGCUUAUUAGUAAUAUUGAUAUUUUCUAUGUUUAUUCCUGUUAUUAGUGCUGUAGAUGAUAUUGAUAAUAGUGUUGGGGAGUUAAUAGCGAGUCAUUUAUCAGAUUGAAAGCGCGUCUAGUAUAUUUUACUGUACCUGUGACUUUCAUAAUGGAUUGCCGGUGGAAAAGCGGCCAGUUCCGAUUGUCAUUGGUGAAACCACGUAGCCUGUGGGCGGGGCGAGAUGGGCCAGUCUACCAAUCGGAGAGGAGAAUCCAGAACAAGCGUGAUGAAGAUGGCGGGAGAGAGAGCUCGGGCCUGGUGAUUGAGCGCGGCCAGUUUCGCCUCGGAUCUGUUUGGAUCUGGACUUUUCCUGUUGGUGGGUUUAUUUUUUCACGGAAAGACAGAGUGGAAGGAAGGUGUCACCCAGGACUCAACCGCUAGCGAAACCGAUAAGUGGUGAGCAGCUGUACGUGGAGCUUGAGAGCGCCGGGUCUCCGCGUGUCUUUCAGCACAUGACCUCUCCGCCAUUGACCUCUCGCUCAUGGAGAGCUGCGGACGGGAGGGUUGAAUCUGUCUGUUGAUUUCCGUGCAGCGAGCACUUUGUAUAUAUUGUAUCUGUGUGUUUGUGUCUGUGUGUAUUGGCGUCAUUGGAGGAAGGAUGUGGGGGUUUGGGGAAGGUCUGCACUAGUAAAUAGAUCAGCAAAAAGCCGCGUCAGCGGUGGGAAAGAGUCGUUUGCGUGCUGAGAUCAGUUGAGGGCGCUAUUCUGUGCCGCCCCGUCCUUUAUGGGGUUUGUAAGAACAGACUUUGUGGACCCCUAUCAGGCUAAAGUCAACCAAAGCUCAGGAUUAUGGAGCUGCAGUAUUACAGAGAAAGGCUGUAAAGCUCUGGUUAAAGCUUUGAAAUUAAAUCCUUCACACUUGAGAGAGCUGGAUCUGGAUGACAAUGAACCAGGAGAGUCAGGAGUGAAGAUGCUUUCUGCUCUACUAGAAGAUCCUCACUAUAAACUGGAGAAACUACACAUCUGAAGACGAUCCACACAUUAACUGGUAGGAGCCUCUCACACUCAGGGCUUAUGAGCAGAGGACGACGUCUCAUAGAACCAGUCUUGGUGGUCAAGUUUGGUCAGUUGUUUUCCUGUAUAACAGUGGCUGCAGCUUGGACAGUACGUCUGUCAAACUCCUGACAUUUGAGGAUGACCCCACAUUGUUUAGCAGGACACAAGGUGCUUCAUCUCCUCCCAAAGUGCCUGGACUCAACAUCAACCCUCUCAAACCAGUGGAAACGUUGACAGACUUUCAUAAACUCACUCUAGAAAUCAAGACUUUCUGAUCUGCACUGUUUAAGCAGAUACAUAGUAUACGUGGUUGUAGUUUUCCUCCUCAUGGUCAGUUAUUCUGUAUUCAGUUUGAGUUUGAUAUGUACUUUAUGUAAUGCCUUUAAAUCAUUUUAUACAUUGUUUUUCUUCACUACACUUCAAUAAUAAAAGUCUGUGGACAUGAAAUCAUCCUGAAA